AUGGACAAUUACACAACAUCAGGGAACUUGUCUGCCGACCAGAAUGGUUCCCAUCAGGAUAAUUUUGAAUCUAAACUCCAUCUUCGGUAUUUGACAAGCCAGGACUUCUUUCUACCAGAACCUUUGUCUGAGGAACUGAAAACAUUCCUUAUCGUAAUAUACAGUGUCAUAAUGACAGGAGCAAUCAUCGGCAAUCUCCUCGUCAUCAUCGUCAUUCUCGGCAACAAACCGAUGAGAACAAUCACCAAUGUAUUCCUUGUGUCAUUGUCUAUCAGCGAUACGCUGAUUGCCGGAUGGAAUAUGCCCAUACAACUCGGAUACUACGUCCAUAAUGAAUGGACUCUGGGCGAAGUCAUGUGCAAGUUGUCCACCUACCUCCAGACAGUCAACGUGCAAGCUAGCAUCUUUACUCUGACCGCCGUGGCCAUAGAACGGUACGUACAGGCGAAUGAAUAG